AUGGCAUCUCGUAAUAAGUCUUUAUUAGUGGUAAUAGUACACCUGUUAGUUGUAUUUACUGCUAUUAUGAUUCCUGCAUGUGCACAACUCACAACUGAUUUCUAUGAAAAGUCAUGCCCUCAGGCAUUGGGCCUCAUCAGAUCAGCAGUCGCACGUGCCAUUAAUCGUGAGAGCCGAAUGGGAGCUUCACUUCUCCGCCUCCACUUUCAUGAUUGCUUUGUCAACGGUUGUGACGGAUCAAUUUUGCUUGACGACACUGAUACCUUCACUGGUGAGAAGACAGCCAUUCCGAAUUUAAACUCAGUGAGGGGUUUCGAUGUGGUUGAUGAAAUCAAAAGCACUCUUAAUGAAAAGUGCAAAGGCAACGUGGUCUCUUGUGCAGACAUUUUAGCUGUUGCAUCUCGCGACUCUGUUGACCUAUUGGGAGGUACUAGUUACGAAGUGUUGCUAGGUAGAAGAGAUGCAAGAACUGCAAGCUUUAACGACGCAAAUACCAAUCUCCCUACUCCAUUCUUCAGCUCCUCUCAACUUGUCUCCAUCUUCGAGUCACACGGCCUUAAGCUAAAAGACCUCGUUGUCCUCUCAGGAGGCCAUACCCUAGGGCUAGCCAGAUGUGUCAAUUUCAGAACCCGAAUCUACAACGAAACCAACAUUGACUCUAAUUUCAAGGCCUCCAGGCAAAAGAUCUGCCCCGCAACCGGAGGAGACGAUAACACGACGGCACUCGAUGGAACCACGCCAGCAAAAUUUGAUACCGCCUACUUUAAGGGUUUGAUUGGAUCAAAGGGUCUUCUCCAUUCCGAUCAGGAGCUCUUCAAGGGUGAUGGGGGUGAGAGUGAUAGUUUGGUUCAGUACUACAAUAACAACCCUAAAAAGUUCUAUAAAGAUUUUGGGGAUUCCAUGAUCAAGAUGGGUAAUAUGAAUGUUCUUACAGGGAAUGAUGGGGAAAUUAGGAUGAAUUGUAGGAAAGUUAAUAAUUAG